GGACCGACCGAGUAUAUAUAGAAGAUGCAGGUCUGCCGGCAUAUAUAUAUAUAUAUAUACCAUACCUCCCAUAUACAUAUAAAUAUCCAUAGGGAUCGGUCAUCGAAUAAUUGAUCUGAGAUGGGGAGAGGGAGGGUGCAGCUGAAGAGGAUCGAGAACAAGAUAAACCGGCAGGUGACCUUCUCGAAGCGCCGGACCGGGCUGCUCAAGAAAGCCCACGAGAUUUCGGUUCUGUGCGAUGCCCAGGUCGCCCUCAUCAUCUUCUCCGCCAAAGGCAAGCUCUUUCAGUACGCCACUGAAUCUUGCAUGGAAAAGAUACUUGAGAGAUACGAAAGAUACUCAUAUGCAGAAAGGCAACUAAAUCCAGCUGAUCCAGACUCUCAAGGAAGUUGGUCUCUAGAGCAUGCAAAGCUCAAGGCCAGAAUGGAGAUUUUGCAAAUAAACCAGAGGCAUUAUGAGGGAGAAGAUUUGGACUCGUUAAACCUUAAAGAGCUUCAGAAUCUUGAGCGCCAACUAGAUUCUGCUCUUAAAAAUAUCAGGUCAAGAAAGAAUCAACUCAUGUUUGAAUCCAUUUCCGUGCACCAAAAGAAAGACAAAGCAUUGCAUGAUGAAAACAACAAGCUUGCUAAGAAGAUAAAGGAGAGGGAGAGGGAGAUUGCUCAACAACAGGCUCAAUGGGAAACACAGAACGACAACACGAACCCUUCCUAUGUUGUACCCCCACAACUAUUCAACUCUUUUCACCUCAGUGAAGGGUAUCAUAAUGGAGGAGGAGAGCAUGGAGGAAUGGAAGGAAUUCAAUGUCAACAACCGCAGCAUGCAACUAACACCGUAAUGCCCCAGUGGAUGCUUAGCCACCUGAAUGGCUAACUAAUUAAAGAAUCGAUUUAGGACAUAUAUGAAAUCAUAUGUAUAUAGUCUGAAUGGCAUUGAGUACCCACCCCUUUGGUAGAAACAUCUUGUGCUGCUUUUUUGCUUGUCUGCGAAGGUUAAUUUUUGCGUACAUAUGUGUUGGAAGAGAAGAACAAAGAGUCUUAUGGUAAUUUCAACCUUGUACGUAUAUGUACGUAGUUGCUAGAAUGCUAGACUCUCUCUAUAUACCGUGGACCGUGGUAGCACACAAGCUAAGGGGAAGGGGAAGUAGUGUAUGUAAAGUUCUAUGUAACAUGUACGUAUGUUUGAUACAUUGAACUGAUUAAUAUAUGCAGAUAAACUUAUAUAUAUUUUUGGAGUUGUU